AUGUCUGCCCAAACGCUGGAUGCUUGUGAGAAAUAUUUCGGAACGAAGAAUAUUUACGAACUGUUCGGUGUGGAGAAAACCGAGAAAGAUUUCCGGAAACGAUACUAUUGGCUCUUGCUGCACAACGACCUAGAGUUGAUUUCCGCGAGUGAAAAAGCAGAGGCCAUCGCAAAAGAGCAACUGCUCAAAACAUUGUACAACAUCCUGAAACAUCCGAAGUCGCGCGCUGAAUACGACGAAAACGGCGUGGUCAAUGCUGAACUCGAAGCUGCCGUGAAUCGGGCCGCCGAAGGACAAAUGUUCCACAAACCAACAACUGCGGAGGAUAUCGAGAUGUACCGUGGGUGUUACAUUGGGUCAGCUAAGGAACGGAGCGACAUCAAGGAAGUGUACCUUAAGGGAAAAGGCUGCAUGAACUACAUGAUGAAAAAUCUCCAUUUUAUGGCGUGCAAAGAUGAACCUCGCCUUGUAGCGAUCGUACAAGAAAUGAUCAAUUGGAAGGAGGUACCCGUGUACGAGACCUUCACCAAGGAACUGAAAGAGAAACGCACCCGGCGACACGCAGCACAUGCCCGCGAAGCUGCCAUGGCCCAACAGAUGCAGGAGGAGAAACAGUGUGGGUUGGAUCAGGCUGCUUACGAGCAGAAGAUAGCAGAAGAGAGAAAAGAGGCAUUCUUCGCCAUGAUUAGUUCGAUGGAAGCACGUUAUCGGGACAAGGGAGAAGUUGGUAUUAGCAUCGAUAGUUUGGGUGAAUAA